CACACACACACACACACACACACACACAAGCAGGUACAUGUCUUCACAAUCCCAGGUGUCAAUGUUGAUAUCAUCUACCCUGCCCUGACAAGACAUAUUCAUUAGCCUCCCCAUGAGAGCAGAAACACACGAGCACACACAUAUCAGUUAAUGACCAUCCAGUAGCAGUAGCAGUUUCUGUCUGAUCCUUUGGAGGGCAAAAAACCCCAGGACAAACAUCCCUUAUUAGUCAACUACUGAAAUCAAGACGGGAGAAGGGAAGUCUAUAUAUUAGCGUCCUCCAAAUUUGUUCAAACAGAAGUGUGCAUGUGCUCUUUAAUGUGUGUGCAGUAUCAGCAUGGCUGCUGUCAGAAUAACGACGAGGGAGUCAUACGUUUCUUGAGUAAGAACACAGUUUUAAAAAGAACCAUACGGCUGUAGAUUGGUGAGUAAUUUUACUGCUUUCUUGUAUUUCAACGACACACUGAGCAAUUAGGCUUAACUUCUAACUUCAAUCGGAUUUCUUUCUUUAGGGAGAACCAUGGAGAACACCACUGCACUGUUGACCCUCUACACUUCUCCUUUCCUGCAGCCUUUACAAGACUCCUGGACUCCUUCCUCCUCCAAUACCAACUCCUCUCUUACUUCGCCUCCGCCUGCUGACCUGGCGAUUUCCCCUAAUGUGGCGUACAUGGCGGCUGAGCUCGUCAUCGCCUUUCUCUCGACAGUCGGCAAUGUCCUGGUCUGUGCUGCCGUGGCCAUCAACCGCAAGUUACACACUGUCACCAACUACUUCCUGGUCUCGCUCGCAGUCGCUGACAUCUGUGUGGGCGUGAUUGCCAUCCCCUGUGCCAUCCUGACGGACAUUGGUUUACCACGUCACAGCCUCUACCUGUGUCUGCUCAUGCUGAGUGUUUUAAUAAUGUUCACCCAGAGCUCCAUCUUCAGCCUGCUGGCAGUGGCUGUGGAGCGCUACGUGGCCAUCUUCAUGCCAUUCCGCUACCAGGUCCUGAUGACGCCUCGCAACGCCGUGCUCGUGAUCCUGACCACGUGGCUGCUGGCCUUUAUCAUCGGGCUUGUGCCUCUGAUGGGCUGGUAUAAGACACCACCUGAAUCGGGCAACUGUUUCUUUGUCUUGGUGGUGGACAUGACCUACAUGGUCUAUUUCAACUUCUUUGCCUGUGUGCUGACACCCUUAGCGAUCAUGUUUCUCAUCUAUGCCCACAUUUUUGUCAUGGUCAAGCGGCAGGUAAGGCGCAUCGCAUCCGAGCAAAGUGGCAGAGGGGAGCGACAGACGAGAGCUGCAGCAAGCAUGCGCAGAGAGAUGAAGACUGCCACUACACUUUUUCUGGUUCUGUUCCUCUUCACAAUCUGCUGGAUCCCACUCCACAUCAUCAACUGCUUCCUGCUGCUCUGCCCACACUGCCCUGUGCCGCUGGAGCUUCUGCUCACUGCCAUCAUCCUGUCACACGCCAACUCUGCUGUCAACCCCUUCCUGUAUGCAUACACGAUGACAGCUUUCAGGGACACCUUUAAGGCAAUUUUCAUGUGCUGCGGGACGCUGCGAGACAGAGAGGCUUCAAAUGCAGCCAGCGGGGAUGAUAGAGACGGGGCGGCUGUUCGAAACGCACACCAGAGCUAA